AUGCCGAGUAUAGUAGAACGUGAUCAUUCCAAGAUGCGUUUCAAUGCAUCAUCAAUGAUAUUUGUUCGUUUUCUUCUUCAAAUUCUUGUUGUUUGGUGUAUCGUUUAUUUAAUCAAUCAUCUCUUUCUGCAUUUUCAAGCAACAAAACGACCAUAUAGUCGUCUUCUUCGAUCAUUAGGUUGUCAUGUAUCUAUAUUUAAUAUUGGAUUUUAUACAACUUCAUUUAAUCGUACUUUUUAUCGAAUUGGUACAAGUAAUGCUCGUUUAUGGAAAAUUUGGUUUACUGUAGGAAUUCUUGUUGCAUUUGGAACAGCUGUAACAGCUUGUGUUACUUUAUUUAUUCUACCCAUUAAAUAUAUAUAUGAAUUACAAAGACGAGCUCCAUCAUCUAUAGAUUUAGGAAUCAACACCAAUGGUGUUAGUCAAUCAUUGACACAAAAUAAUCGAAAUGAUGCAACGGUUGAUGAUCGUGAUAAAUUAUUAAUUCAACCUAUAAUUCCUGGUAUUAAUGUACCAUUAGAACAUAUCCCACAUUUCUUCGUUGCAUUACUUUUAUGUACUAUAUUUCAUGAAUUUGGUCAUGCUGUAGCAGCAUCAGCUGAACAAAUUCGUGUAAAUGGUUGUGGAUAUUUUUUAUUUCUUCUUUAUCCGGGUGCUUAUGUUGAUUUACAUCAAGAACAGUUACAAAUGAUUUCAGCUGUGAGACAAUUGAGAAUUUAUUGUGCCGGUGUUUUUCAUAAUAUGGUUCUAGUUGUUAUUGCUUUGAUAUUUCUUGUUUUCAAUCCGAUUUUUCUUCGAUAUUUUUAUACUGAAGGUGCAACUGUAUAUCGUGUAGCAAAAGAUUCACCAAUACGUGAUCUGCUACCUAUUUAUUCGAUAAUUCAAUCAAUUGAUGCAUGUACCGUUAAUACAUCUGAUGAUUGGUAUCAAUGUUUACGUUCAAUUAAUGACCAACAUCCACAACAAAGUAGUGGAUAUUGUUUAACACAAACUGAAAUACAAACUCAUUCGAGUCAUAUUGAAUUGAAUCAAACAACUCAUUAUGAUUGUUGUCAAAAUUUAUCACAAAAAAAUUAUUGUUUUCUUUAUCAUUCAAAACAAUAUCCUGAUCAAAAUGGUGCAUGUAUGGAAGCUCGUAUUGUAACUAAACAUCCACCCUGUUUUCUCAAUAGUGAUUGUCAUAGUUAUAACAAUGAUGCUUCAUGUAUUCAUCCAUUUUCAGCUGAUAAUAUUACACGUUUAAUACGUAUUGCUCAUAGUAAUGGUCCCCCGAUACUUUUUGUUGGUUCAAUUCAUGAAAUAUAUCGAACAAUUGGUAUUCAAUCUUAUAAACCAAACUAUAUUUAUUUACCAACAAUUCUUAUUCAUGACAUUCCAUUAUUUUUUCAAUAUCUCGGUGCAUUUUCGUUUGCAUUGGCAUUUUUUAAUGCAGUACCAUGUUACGCAUUAGAUGGUCAAUAUAUUCUUUCUUCAUUUGUUGAAUAUCUAUCUCCAACUUUAUUUAAACGUCGUCGUGCCAGUAUUUUACUCGGUUUAAUUUUUGGCACUUGUCUUCUGAUUAUUAAUGUUUCACUUGCUUUUGCUCGUUAUUUUCUUUAA